AUGGAUUUACAAAUAGUUAAUAUAGAUCUCUUUAAAAAACUAUCGUUAGCCAUAGCUAUUAUUCGUAAUACUCCAGAUGGUUUCAAACCAGAUGUUUUUACACGUAUUUUAUCUAAACGAUUGUUUCCACGAGCUAAUACUUCAAAACAACUUUCAUCUAUAAUCGAUGAACAUCUUAUUCUUCGUCAACAAGAUCUCUUAUCUGGUUUGCUUCCUUCUCAUUCGACAUUAACAUCAAGUAUUUCGUUUAUGGACUUUUCUACUACAAUGGAAAGUGAAAAUCUAAAUAAAAAUACAACAAACGAAUAUGAAUAUGGCGAAUUUGCUGAAAAGAUCUGUCAAUUAAAAGAUCAAAAUAAUAAAAUAAAAAUAGAUAAUGUCGAAUUUCUACUUAAUACUUUAACUAAAUGGAUGAAAAAUAUCGAACAUCAAACAAUACCAAUAGAUGCGUGUCUUUACACGGUACAAAUCAUUGCGAAUAAUCUUAAAACUGAUUAUGAUAAACCAUAUCAUAUUGUUCUUGAUCUUUUACCAAUAAUUGAUAAAUUUCUUGAUUGUUUAAUUGAUACUAUCGAUCAUAUUCAAGAUCAUGUUGUUUAUGUUCUUCAUCAAAUGAUUGUUUCAUUAGCUUCAUCGAAUUAUUGUGUUUCACGUAUUUUGGAUAAACUAUGUAUUCGUAUUCGUCAAUAUUGUGAAAAUACGGAAUUAAUCGGUGAUAAUGGUCGACGAUUUGUUUCUACGAUUGGCGCAAUCGAUCCGAUUGACCGUUUGUUUAACAUACUUCAUGAAAUAAUUCAUAAUCGUAGUAUUUUUCAACGCCGUUUAUCUCAACGAUCAAUAGAUAAAUUAUCUAUUUUUACUACGCAAAUUUCAUCGUUACUUGAUGGUAAAGCGCAUUAUAAUCACAUACUCAAACUUGAAGGACAAUUACAAGCUGCAAAUUAUAAAAAAGUAGAAACAUCGAUUAAACUAUUUCGAAAACACACAAGUUCGAGUAGUAGUGAUUAUUCACAACGGCAACAACAGAAACAUUAUACAAAAAACCCACCAAUUCCAUCAUUAAGAUACAAUAGUUAUGAUUAUUCAAUGAGUCAACAAUCACAAUCACAAUACUUCUAA